UGCCACAUUUCAAACUAGAAUGGCGACUGCUCUCUGCGGUCUGCAGUCUACCGACAGUAAACCAGCAAAGAUUCACCGAGACCAGCGCAGGAAAGCGAAAGACUCCCGGCGGAGACAGGCGGCCCUGCUGUUUCUCAGCAAUAUCUCACUCGACGGACGACCCCAGUGUCAACUUACCGAUGAAAAUAGUGACCAGAAAGCCGCUGAGGAGCUCCGACUCAGGGACGGAGAUUGCGGCGCCGCGGUUGUGCCCCAGACGGCGGAUAAUCAAGGACCGGUCGCCCAGGUGACAGACCCCGCAGCGGCCGGCAGUGGCUCAUCCUCCAGUUUCCCAGGAGUGGUCAGUCCGGGUGGACCUUCUUUAGUAAUGUCUCCGGGACUGGCCGGGGCAGGUUCUUUGGGAGCCAACGAGGUAUUUUUGGAUAGUGGCGGUGCGGCCGAGACGCUAACCCCGGACACCCCUCUUUCUCCUGUACCCACCGGACACCCGCACUGCUCCCGUGUCAAGUCAACGCCCGCCGCGCUCAGCCCGGUCACGGCCGGUAAUUCUCUGGAUUCACGGCAAAGAUUGAGGAAUGUCUCUGGUUCUCCUGGACCCAAGGUGCCAAAGAAAGUCCACUUCAUCAAGAGUAUGAGGCAGUAUGAUACCAGAGGAUCCAGGAUCAUGCUGAUUUGUGCCAAGCGGUCGCUAUACGCUGCUUUCUCAGUGCUGCCCUAUGGAGAGAGUUCUCAUAUCAGUGACCCUAAGCUGGAGGCUCAGAGGCAAAGACUGUCGUCUGUGGUGGCUGCUGACCUGCUUCCUUCUCUGGAAGGUGUGGAGCUGGGUGCCUGUGGAAAGACGGUGUCCUACGCUCAGUUCCUUUAUCCGACCAAUGCCUUAGUGAGACAAAAGAGCGGCGGCGGUGCUCCAGAUAACUGCACGGCUCAGACCCCUCAGUCACGUUUCCGUGGCAACGGGCAGAGGAGCUUCACCCCUGCUCGUCUGAACAACACCGUGGCACAGGACCCAUAUGUGGAGGAGGUGGCAGAGUACGACCCCAACUUGCUCAGUGACCCCCAGUGGCCCUGCGGGAGACACAAGCGGGUUCUCAUAUUUGCAUCAUACGUGACGACGGUUAUUGAGUACGUGAAGCCAUCUGACCUGAAGAAGGACAUGAAUGAAACUUUCAAGGAGAAGUUUCCCCACAUUAAACUGACACUGAGCAAGAUAAGAAGCCUGAAGAGGGAGAUGAGGGCCGUGAGUGAGGAGUGCGGCCUCCAGCCGGUGACCGUAGCAAUGGCUUUUGUUUACUUUGAGAAGCUGGUGCUGCAGGGGCGUCUCAACAAGCAGAACAGGAAGCUGGUGGCGGCGGCGUGCGUGCUGCUGGCUGCAAAGAUCAGCAGUGAUCUGAGGAAACCAGAAGUCAAACAGCUGAUUGAUAAGCUGGAGGAGCGUUUCCGUAUAAACAGGCGCGAGCUGAUUCCCCUGGAGUUCCCGGUGCUGGUUGCCUUGGAGAUGGGACUUUACCUCCCCGAGAGCAAGGUCAUGCCGCACUACCGCAGACUAGUGCAGCAAGGUUAAACCGGACGUGGCGGCGUGUGGCACCCACGCAUGUGGCGAGUCGACCAGUAUAUAAGCUGUGGUGUUUGAAAUAAAUACUUUAUGUACUAUUUAUGUUCACUGUACAUUGGAUAGUUUAUACUCAAAUUCUUCAGACUUGAUGGGAUGUGUGUGUCUCACUAAAUGUCUUUUUGUAGGUGUGACGUUUUCAUGUUGAUCCGGUCACAAGCUCUAUGUUAGAGAUGUUCACUGAGCACAUUAAUUGUGCUUUUAUUUUGGUUUCUCGUGAGUUUUUAGGAUGCCACACUAUUGUAUUUAAAUGUACGCUGUUAAUGUGUGUAUGCAUGUUUGCGUGCGUGUGUUUGUGGGGAAAAAACAAAAUCACCUGCACCUUUCUUGUUACUAUACAGCUCGUAUAGUGUUUAUUUUAAAUGACAUACUGCUGAUUUUUUUUUAUUUUUUUUUUGUAAAUGCCUUCUAAAUCCACUGUGACACUGAAGCGUUUUUAGCAAUUAGCCUGAAACAUGACACUGUAGAUCAUAGCUGGAAAACAUCUUUAGGGAGAGAAGUGGCCUUUAAUUUGUUUAUGUCCAUUCAAUAUUUGUACUGUUUGUCUCACAAUAAUCCAGCCAAACUCAUGUAUUUACUGCACUGAGAAAGAAAAGACUCCUGUGGCAGCUCUGUGUUCUAACUUUGGUGUUAGUCGUGCUUAUGUCCAGUAUUUCCACUGUGCUGUGGUGUCACAUGCAGAGAAACAGGAUGAUGGAGUUUUCUUGUUUUGUUUUUUUUAAUGUUUCGUGUUAUUGCCCAGGGACCUGUUUUGUAAAAUGCACUGGGUAGUUGUGUUUUAGUUCUCAGGAAUUUUUACUUUCUCAUUUCUCUUAUGCUGCAGUCACACUAUGGAAAACAGGUUGGAAAAAAACUAAAUUAUUGCAACCAUGUACAAUGACUUUGAGAUCAUUGCUUCAGAGAUGGGUGCCAGGUCUGCAACCGCUCACAGUCACUUAGUCUUUAAAGUGACUUUGGUGCAUCAAGGUGGCAAUAAAACAGUCGGCAGUUAUAUGCAAUCAGUUUGUGAUAAUAUGACAAUUAACUGUGAUACAUUGGUAGAAGUCACAAAUCUGUUGCAUCACAAAUAGUGAUGUAGUUGCUGCAGGACAGCACUUGGCAACCUUGGAUUUAUAUAGGAAUGUAAACAGAGUACAACCAGCUGAGUGGAGUCCCCUUUUACAAAGAAGUGUGGCAGAUAAGUUUUGCUCAUCGGUGCAGACUGACUGAUUGCAACAUGUUGGCAGUCUGUCUGUGUUUAUAAAUUAAAAUUAUUUGCAAACUUUUGCCAGUCUGUCAGAGUGAUCGCAGUCAGUCCAAGUCAGGCCGCGAUUGUUUGGAAAGAAGUUGCCUUCCACCAGGCAACCUGUGCAAUUGCCCAGAGGUUGUGUGUAAAUACUGCACUCACCAGGCAACUGUCAAGUUUUCCUAAUUGCAAGGAGGUUGUUGACCUAUUUUUACUCUAGUGUGACAGCCAUUAAUUGUUCAUAAAAACGAACCCAAAGACACCGUAGCGAUCGCCACUGGAAGAUUGUAGUGUUUUCAUUGUGACUUUGAUGAACGGAUGGACCAGACGGUAGAAACACAUCAAAUUUGGACAAGUACGGACAAAAAGUGCCUGAAAUCGCAGUGGCAGUGAAAUGGUUGAUAAUCGUGACAUUUCUUUGUCUUGCUGUGGUUGAUCUUUAAGUGUUGGUCUUGUCUGGGAAAGAUAAUCGGUCUUCUUACAUGACAGUAAUUCAGUUUAUUGUCUGAUGUGAUUUUUUUUUUUUUUAAAGUGUUCAAAAUAACCAGUGUGCAGAAAAUAUAUGGUUGUUGUUGAAUAAUUGUGUGUUUACAUUGU